GCUGGGAGGGAUCACAAACGGGUAAUGGAAAACUUAAAAUGCAGCCGUGAAAUAUACACGUGUCUCUGCAACUGAAAUGUUUUCUAUCAGCGCUUAAACAUGCGAUCUACGCUCCGAGCCUGUGUGCAGAGAGGGUUAAAGAGAUUUAAACAUGAAUAAGAAUCCCGUCACCAGAACGUUCACCAUUGGAGCUAUCUGCAGUGGAAGCAAAGCUUCAGAUGAUUUCCCCACAGGACGUAGGCACAGCAGUGCAGGGAUCCAGGCGCUUUCGUGGGGUACCGGCACCGCAAAGUCCUUCGAUUCCCAUGAGAACAUUUUUCCGAAUAUCCUGACUCCUGACAGCAUCCCACAGUUCACCAUUCCAAGUCUGUCUGUGCAGACUGGCUUCAGAUCACUGGACAAGGAAAGUAACAAAGAGAGAGAAGGGGGCUCAGAGAUGACGCCAGAAUCCUCAGUUUCUUCGGCCUGCGCCACGGUCUCGUCAUCUGCAUCAUUCUCCAGCUUUGCUUUAGUUCGGUCAGAGCGCAAAGCUGAGCGGUGUGUUUCAGACCCUUUAACCAAGAGGAGAUCUCUCCUUCAGAGGGAGCUGCACUCUCCUUGCUCCUACAGUGAGACCCAGCAUUGCCUUGACCCCGCAAGCAAAGCCGCUCUCUCCCUGCCGCACUUGACCAAAAUCACCACCCCCUACGGCUUCGUCACCUUAAGUCAGAGCCCCCAGAUGGCAAGCGAGGCGAGGAGGCACUUCUCUGCCAAGCAGGCCCGCACCGCUUAAAUAAAAAUGACAAGAAUUCAUACUGGCUCAGCAGAGCUCCCGGGAAAAGCACAGAAGACAUUAAAGGCAAGUCCUCCCACCUGUCAGGGCCGGAGAAGAGACUAUCCAAACACUUGGCUGACUCACAGUCUAAGAGAGCACUACAGGCUUCUUCUGCCUCCUCCACCACAGUUUCAUCGUCUCCACCACCAAGGCAACCAGAUGAGAGCCGUAAACCCUGCUUCUACGAGGUCAUAAAGAAACACUUCAUCUCCUGCCAUUAGAAACAUCACUAUAUAUUUGACUGUGUGGUAACAAGGCCAAGAAAAUAUGUUAUGUAUUUAUUUAAAUUUGCAUGUAAAAAUAAAAGUUUUUCUCCCGUGUAAAACACUGAAAACUAAUUAAAUUGUACCAG